GCACCCCAAGGGCUCAGGUGUGGUCUUUUCCUGGAUCUUACUAGAUGACCUGAGCCAUUUCCCCAUGGAUCCGAACAUUCCGGGGUCUUUCCUGUUCAACAACAGUCUAAACCAAUUUCCGUCUGACCUCAAGGCGCCGGUGUGUCAGUACUCAGUACCGAACUCUUUCUACAAGCUCAACCCGGGCCUGAACAGCCAGCUGCCCGCGGGGACUCCUCACGGGAUCAGCGACAUCCUGAGCCGCUCCAUGGUAGGAAUGGGCUCCUCGGGCACCACCACCCUGCUGUCCGGAUACUCCACCAUGGGGGGCUUUGGCCCCUCUGUCACCAGUACGUCCAUGUAUUAUAACCGUGACUACAACUCCUCCCUGAGUGGCUUCUCCAAGCCCGGAGCUGAAUGUCCCAUGAAGGGUCGCAGCGUGAGCUGCUGGGCAGAGAGCGGCUGUGACUGGAGAGGAGGGAGGCAGCAGUGCGCCAACAGCGGCGGUCUGCUCGGAGAGAUGCCUGGCAGGAAGAAACACACCAGACCAACAUUCAGUGGACAUCAGAUAUUUGCGCUGGAGAAAACCUUUGAGCAGACAAAGUACUUGGCGGGACCUGAGAGAGCAAGACUGGCCUAUUCCCUGGGUAUGACCGAGUCACAAGUCAAGGUUUGGUUUCAAAAUCGGCGUACAAAGUGGAGGAAGAAGAGCGCCUCAGAGCCGACCUCCACUCAGGUCAGCCACACAGGGCUGGGUGGAGACGCUUCGGAGAACGAGGUGGAGGACGAGGAAUACAACAAGCCUCUGGACCCCGACUCUGACGACGAUAAGAUCCGACUCCUGCUGCGCAAACAUCGCAGGGCCUUCUCUGUGCUGCGCCUUGGACCACAUCACGUCUGACACGUGUGUGAAAGAACAUUCUAAUUACACAUGCAUUACAUAGCCUAUAAACACAUCAGAAGUAGUGCAUGUUGUGUUAAAAGGUGUGUGAAAAAGUUUUUUAGAUUGGAGUAGGGGAGACCAGGAACAACUGUGACACAUUCUGUGUCUAUAAUGUUUAGUGUUUGAGCUCUUAAAUUAUGUCACAAAAUAUCCAUAUCUUUUCA